GUAGUAUUCCUUUUCCCUAAGAAUCAAAAAUAGCCUUAGCAGGAACUGACAAAUUCCGCGAGUUACCAACGCAAGCCUACCACAUACAUCCUUGUGUGUCCAACUUUUUCCAAGCAGUCAAUUGAAUCAUAGUGGGUGUUCAUGCCUUCCAGAUAGGUUGUUUAAGGUCUCAAAGGCCGCACAGGCCAUUCUACGCGGUAAAUGUUUAAUAAUAAGCCCUUCGCUCUUGCGCUUCGCGCUUUACAUCUACCUAUUCCACACGUUCGGCCACCGCGGCACCAGCGUAGCACUGUCGAGUCUCGGCGGCAACUAUGCAUCUCAGCCGCUCAGGCAUCUCUAGGACCAGUUCUUCAGACUAUCGCCAAGUCAGGUGUCCGAUGGGGAGGGUCUGCAGCUCUCUUUGCCAGCGCAGCUUUCGCGCUGGCGCAAAACAACCGCGCGGCAGACUCGGAGGACCAUGAGGAUUUGUCAUCAGAAGCCCUUCCUUGGGUGCGCGAGCUAGCAGCGGAUGAGAAUGUGGAGGAGGUGCUGUCGCCAGGUCAGCAGCUCCGCCGGCAUCCUGUCGGGAAGUACGUCGUGGACCAGGACCACCUGUUUGAGACGAUGGUUCGCAGCGGCCAGAUAAAGGAGCUCCGCUGCUUCUACGACACGCAACGCCAGAUCUUUUACAGCGUGGUGGAGUUGGGCCGCGAGGUGUGCGGCUUCCCCCAAACGGUACACGGCGGCCUCACAGCGGCCCUGGUGGACGAGACGCUGGGGGGGCUGGCGGUGGCGUUGUGGCGGGCGGGGCAGCUGGGCUUCCGGCCGCCCGCGUACACCGCUCGACUGGAGGUCGACUACAAGCGGAAAAUCCCCAACGGCAGUGUCAUCCUGGUGACCACGGAGGUGGAGAAGCUGGAUGACCGCAAGGUGUGGUUGCGCGCCAGGGUGUGUAACGGCAAGGGCUCCGUGUACGCCACCGGGAGGGCUCUCUUCGUGGCGCCGCGCUGGCUGCCCGACUGGGUCAGAGCCAUCACGGGGCGGAGCGCGGGGCCGCGGGGGUGAGGGUGAGGGGCAUGACACAUGAGGGGGGGGCUGGUGGGGAAGGGUGCGGCAGCAGUUGUGACUCUUCGACGUAACCGUAAGGUUUUGACGGUGUGUGCGCGUGUGUUAUUGUGCGAAGUUGGGUGCAUGUGUGGUAGCAUGAGGUAGCAUGGAGUGUUGUCUGCACGGGGGAUGCAGUAGUUGAGCCGCGGCUGGCAGGUCUGUGGUGGCAGCUGGUGCUACAGGAGCGUUGAGAGAGGAGCAUGGAAGCAAAGCAUGAGCGGCUUAGGGUCUUUACUGUUGGGGGUGCAGCUGCAGGAUUGAUUGAAGACGUAAAGGGGCAAAGACCCUGCCAGACCCUUACAUCCAACGUAUACUGAGGAAAGGUGUGCGCUUUGGCACAUGAGGAUGGUUAGACCGGUUAGUACCGGUGACACCGACCUAGUUGAGCCCAACAUACGUCGUGUGGGGCGCAAUCGGACUUGCGAUGAUCAUGGUGAAAAGAAUUUGUGCACUUGACCGGUGAGGGGGCUUGGUGCCACUGCGGCUCAUGUUUGGGUCAAGAGGACCCUACGGACCAUGCGUGAGCGGCCUGAGAGUCAAGAUAUGCAGAAAUGGUUUUCCGCGCCCUUUAGUAACCGAGGUUUGCGUACUAUGGGGAAGUUGCUGUAUGCCUUCGUACGUGUGGCACAAUCGUAGUCGUGGUUGAUCAGUGACUGUGCUGUUUUGUAUGAUCAGUGGUCGCAAGCGCUGCUGGUUGUGUGUGACACGUUUCUUUACCGUGUUAUUUGCGAUGUCGCGUUGGACUAUUGCUUACCUGCUCUGGUAAUGGGCUGAUGACAAACCCAAAGAAUGAAGCACUAAAGCAAACCCACCGAACGAGAACGGGAAGGGAGCGACGCGUGGGGUGUACGAGGUGUUUGCUAUGCUGCUCCGCUUGGAGGUGCGAGGUAACGGUGUCGGAGGCCCUGCUAGCCAGUGCUGGGGCUAACCUGCCGCUCCAUCCUACAUUGUUCGAUGGCAGUUAUUAGCACAGUUGGGGGCGUCGUACAAGGGACGCCACGCUAUGUGUGGCGGUUGUGGGUCAACUGUCUAACUGGCAGCAUUGUCGGAAUUGUAUGGUAUGCCUGGCCCAACGACUUUCCGCGUACCUACAUGCCACUUUUCCUGACCCACAUGCCCACUAACAGCUCUGCUGCUCGCUUAAUGAGCCACGACGGC